AUGAAUUACUCAGUGCAAUUCUGCAUUCAUGUCCAGAUAUAAACUUUCUCAUUCUCGAUCGAAGUCAUGGUUUUAGUAAUAUACCAAUUAUAGAAAUUGCAAAAUAUUGUCUGAAGCUACUACAUCUGAGUCUUGAUGCGUGUACAGCUAUUACUGAUAGAUGCGUUAGUGAAAUAGCACAAUCUUGUCCAAAUUUAAAAUACAUAAGUCUCACUUCUUUGUAUAGAGAUAGUAAUAUUUCCAGUGCAUCUGUGAUUGAAAUGGCACGAUCUUGUUCCAAUCUAGUAUAUUUAAAUCUCAAUAGACAACCUUCUAUUAAUGAUGAAUCAAUUUGUGCAAUUGCAUGCUCAUGUGUAAAUCUUCAACACCUGGAUUUGUCGUUCAAUGAAAUAAUUACGGAUGAAGCUAUAUACGUGAUUGCAACUGGCUGUUCAGAUAUGCGAAAUUAUUUUCUCGAAGGCUGUGAAUGGAUUACCGACAAAUCAAUCAAAAAAAUUGCAGAUUUAAAUAAAAACCUACAAAAUAUUAGUCUUAUUUCAUGUUAUAAAAUUACAGAUGAUGCU